AUGGCUGAUCGAGGACGAUUCCGCGGUGGAUUCGGAAGUGGUGCACCAGGCGGCCGUGGAGCAGGAGGUGAACGUGGACGAGGUGGACGUGGCGGUCGCGGCCGUGGUGGACGAGGACGAGGAGGUGGACGUGGAGGUGAGAAGGAAUCUGAAUGGGUACCUGUAACAAAGCUUGGACGUCUUGUAAAGGAUGGAAAGAUCACCACACUCGAGGAGAUCUACCUCAACUCUCUUCCCAUUAAGGAGUACGAAAUCAUCGAUACUCUGUGUUCCAAGCUCACUGAUGAGGUGCUGAAGAUUACUCCCGUUCAGAAACAGACCACCGCCGGUCAACGUACCCGUUUCAAGGCUUUCGUCGCCAUCGGAGACCACAAUGGCCAUGUUGGUCUCGGAGUGAAGUGUUCAAAAGAAGUAGCCACUGCUAUUCGUGGUGCCAUCAUUGCCGCCAAGCUUGCUGUCAUCCCUGUACGACGAGGCUACUGGGGUAACAAAAUCGGUCUCCCACACACUGUUCCCUGUAAAGUCACCGGCAAGUGUGCGUCCGUUAUGGUACGGUUGGUACCCGCACCUCGUGGUACCGGAAUUGUGUCGGCACCCGUUCCGAAGAAGCUUCUUCAAAUGGCUGGAAUCCAAGAUUGUUACACGUCAGCCACAGGAUCAACCGCCACCCUUGGAAACUUCGCAAAGGCCACUUACGCUGCCCUGCAACGUACCUACUCCUACCUCACCCCUGAUUUGUGGAAGGAGGAAGCGCUGGACAAGACACCAUAUCAGCGAUACCACGAUUUCCUUGCUCGCAAUUAA